AUGUCUGCUGAGAUUCGCUUAAGGGGUGAUAUAGUAUUAAACGUUGCUUCGAGUGGUAUUGCAUCUUUACUUCUUCCCAGUGGAAGAAUGGCACACUCAAGGUUCAAAAUACCGCUGAAUAUAACUGAGGAUUCUGUAUGUAACAUCAAACCUGGUUCCCCUCAAGCAAUGUUACUAUUGAAAGCCAAACUUAUAAUUUGGGAUGAGGCCCCAAUGGUUAGUAGGUACUGCUAUGAAGCGCUUGAUAAAUGCUUGGGUGACAUCAUGAGGUGUUCUCCAACAUAUAGCAAAGAUUUGCCAUUUGGAGGAAAAGUGGUUGUACUAGGUGGAGACUUUAGACAAAUUCUUCCUGUCAUUCCACGAGGAUCGAGACAAGAUAUCGUUCAUUCAACCGUGAAUUCGUCUUACCUUUGGAAGUUUUGUCAGGUGCUCAAACUAACAAAAAAUAUGAGACUCUCUGUAGGAACGACUGCUUCAGAUCAAGAUGAGAUAGAGCAAUUUGGUGAGUGGUUAUUGAAAGUUGGUGAUGGUCUAAUAGGUGACAAUAUGGAUGGUGAAUCUGAGAUAUGUCUUCCAGGAGAUAUUGUUAUUCCUUCUUCGGACUAG